AUGCAAGUUCUCAUUCAAGCAUGCCGCCCAGUUCUUGGAGUUGAUCCAAUCUUGUUUUUGCCAGCCUCACGUAUGGAACGUGGCCGUUUGAUUCGUUGGAGAAUGGGGUGGUUACCAGGCAAAACAAAGGAAUGUCCUUGUGGAUCAGAUCACACCUCACGCCGCCAUUUGUUGGAUUGCCCACUUGUUCCUGUGGCACUAUUUGAACAGUUGCCUCAACCUGACCAAGAUCAGAUACACAGAAUUGAUUUUGCCAUCACAUCCUUGCCUUUGUCAUCUCAAGAACCACGACCUGCUUACUGGAUACCACUGCUGACUAUUCUUUGGCACAUAGAUAUUAUAUGUAAUCCUGAUGGUGACUAUUCACAUGAGACUGAACAUGAUUUUAAAAAAUUAAAUAUAACUAGUUUUUCAAUCACAAUACAGACAAUAAAUACAAAUGCUACUGCUCAGUAUACAGAGUUCAACGCUGCAAAAGGAGGAUAUGAAUUUGCAAUUUUUUCUGAUUAUAUUAAAUAA